AUCUAUUUUGGCUGAAUGGUGUCCCCUUCUGAGGCUUAUGCUUAAAGCAAUAUCAGAGUAGCAUUAGCACUAAUCAAGUACUUAAACACUCUGUCAAUCUCAAGGGCUCAAGCUGUCCUCUAAAGCUCAAAGCUAAAUUGCAUGUGAACAUCAUUAUCACCAUGGGUUUGAGUGGCUGAACAUGGUAAAUGAGAUGGGCAACAACAAAUCAUCGCAACAAGCCAACCACGGGGACGACGUACGCGGAAGUAAUCGAAUAAAUCGAGAAGGCGAGGGGAAAAAUCUUCAUGAAAAGGUUGAAGGGUUGUCUUCUGAUAAGCAACCGAAGGGUGGAGAUCCGCCUGUGGCCAAACGACCAUCGGAUGACAAAGAGCAAGAUGAGACAAAGCUCAAGCUUUCUUCGCAAUCUACGGAAGCAGUUCCAAUAGAAUCCAGUGAUGCAGCCAGUCAAGACAGCAUAAUCCAACCUGCUGCUUCUCCUGCGGAGGUGGUAGAGGCAAGUAAUUCAACUUCUGAUACAGAAUCCGAGUUACUAGGCAUGAGCAUCAACGAUGAUCGACGAGAAACUGAAACUAAAGAGGAGGUGAAUUUCAGUAAGAAUGUUUCCUCAAAACCAGCACAAGAAGCCAGUUCUCCGGGAACUUCAUCAAAAACAUUUGAACAAGUUCCUCAAACACAAGACAAAUCCAUGACAGCGACUGAAAUUGAGACCAUUUCGGGAAACGAGGACAUCAUGCAAGCGGUGAAUGAAUCAAAGACCGAUGGGGUCAGUUCUUCUCAAUCUGAACUAAUGAUGGUUCGUUCUGACAGUGGAAAUGGAAAGGAAAACUUCGAAAAUAGAGAGUUAACUGAAAUGACUCCUAUCAUGGAAACAGUCCCAACAGAAUUACCUACCACAGAAUGCAACAAUGAAGAAGAAACCGAACAAACAGAGGAGAAAAUCAUCGAAGGAACCAAAGAGGAAAAGGAAAAUUUUCCGACAGUGGGAAUCAGCACAGAAGCUAUAGAAAAACCAGAACUGGACACUGGAAUUUUUCAAGGUGCUGGUAAUGAAGCAGUAGAUAUUGCUGUUGACGAGCGUAGAAAAUCGCUGAGAUUUAAUUCUGAUCUCUCAAUGAAAGCAAAGUCGGAAGAAUCUGAUCAAGCUCCAUUACUUCACCACAAGAAGACUCGAACCAGAAGCCUGUCGAUGGUUUUCGCAGAAGAGAAAACCAUAGAUAUUGCUGUUGAUGAGCUUAGAAUAUCUCCGAGAUUUAAUUUUGAUCUCUCGAAGGAAGCAAAGUCUAAAGCACCAUCACUGCACAACAAGAAGACUCGAACCAGAAGCCUGUCGAUGCUUGAUGGUGAUGCUAGCUUUGGAAACGCGGUACAGAAUCAGGCGGUUUCAGCAGAAGAGAAAACCAUAGAAGUGGAUAGAAGCGAUUUGGAUAAGUCAGGAGAUCCGUUCCUGAUUUUCUUGAUGAAAGACGAGGAAAAGGGAAAUGUCGCGAUAAAAUCAAAGGAACAAGAUUAUGAAAAGAAAGGGGUGGACGAAUCUUGGACCGGAAGAAUUGAGGAAUUAGUAGCGUUAACGAAGGGAAAAGGGAAGCGUAAUCCACGACCCUCCCUCUUCACCUGCGUCUGUUGUGUUGUAAACUUGUAAUCAACUAAAACACUCAUCGAAAGGUUACGCCUGUUUUUUUUUUGCGCUCCGCCAAGGUAACGCAUGUUUUUGGUGCAUGUUAUGUGUAAUUUUGGAUAAAUUCUUUACACCGCCGGUGUAAACAAUACACGUACUUUUUGUUAUUU